UGGAUCAAGUUUGUGCCCUUUGCUUCCAAGGUAUUUUUGUCCGGCGCCUUUUUCAGCAAAUUGAAUACUGAAGUUUUAUUAAUUUUUCUCCCAGUGAAAAUUGAUAUCACCUUCCAUCCUCCACCUUUUCCUUCCUUCCCCCUCUCCUGAUUUCCCUUCCUUUCCCUCUCCCCCUCUUGUUCUAAAGCCAGACUCAAUGUCCCUUGACAUAAAAACCUUCGAAACCAUAAUCCCCUCUCGUUUCCUCUCUUUCACAAUACCCAACCCCGUACUCCCAACUCACCUCCUCCGAGUUGCGGUCCUCGACUCCCCAAUCCAACUCACCGAGUCUCCUCAAGUCGCAGCUCUCUUUGUCCCUCAAACCCGUGAACCAGACUGGAUUUUCUCAACCGAGUCAGGUCACCUCCAGCUCCUCUUAUCCUCUCCUGGAAUCUCACGGCUCAUAUUGAUCGGCAACAAUCGAAUCGACGGCCCUGAUUCAUCUCCAUUGACUUACCACAAAAGGGAGGAUGCCCAGUAUGUAAAAAGUCUUGAAAAUAGUUUAAAGCCUUUGUUUUUUGCUUUAUCUCCUAAAGUUAGCGUUAAAGAUGGGAUUUUUGAUGUGCCUAUUUUGGAUUAUGAAGAUAAUUUGAUUUGUAGUGUGGUUUUAGAGAGACGUGCUGGUAUUUUUGUUAGUGAAAUGCUUGUUGAGGAUAUUGAGAUUGAGAGUGAUAGUGAAUUGAGAGAGUUUAGGAGGAGAUUGAGGUUCAAAAGAAUGCCAAAUUUGGUUCAAACAGAGAUUCGAAUCGUGCCUCAGAAGGUUUUUGAGUUGGAUCGUGUUAAGAUUGGUGGAGAAGUGAAGUUUAGGCCUGACACUAAGGUUCUGGUGCAUUCAUAUUUGAUACCGAUGGUAGCUAGUCUUUCUUUGAUUGGUUCUUGUAUCGAGGAUCGGUUUCGAAAAGGGUUAAAGCCUAAAGCUUUGUGUUUAGGUGUAGGUGGUGGAGCCUUACUUAGUUUUCUGAGAACUCAAUUGGGGUUUGAAGUUUUCGGUGUGGAAAUGGAUGAGGAGGUUUUAAGCGUUGCGAGGCAGUAUUUUGGGCUGGAAGAAAUUCAGGUUUGUGUUGGGGAUGCUAUAGAAUAUGUAGAGAAGCUUGCGAGUAAAGAUAGGGUGCUGAAUUUGGUUUCAGGUGAAGAUGACGGUGAUUGUUAUUUAAAUCAUGCAAAUGUUUUUGAUGUCAAGUUUGAUGUCAUUAUGGUUGAUUUAGAUUCUUGUAAUGCUAGAAAUGGUGUCAUUGCUCCGCCAUUGGAAUUUGUUAAGAAGCACAUUCUUCUGGCUGCCAGGUCUGUUCUUAGUGAUUUUGGGAUUUUUGUCAUGAAUGUGAUUCCUCCGACUAGAUUGUUCUAUGAUACAUUGAUACAUGAGUUUCAGGAGAUUUUUCAUGAGCUGUAUGAAAUUGAUGUUGAAAAUGGAGAGAAUUUUGUUCUUAUUGCUAAAGUCUCGCCUGUUUCAUCACCACUUAGUGAAUGUGAGAAUAGUUUUCUUCAGAAACUGAGGAUAGCGAUCUUGGGAAGAUACUUGGAUUCCAUAAGGAAAAUUUAAGGCCUGGUGGUUUAUAGAGGACCAAAAAUGUGGUUUUUCUGAUGCUAUUGUUUUAACUUGAAUUCGGAUCAUACCAGGAAAGUCUCAGAAUUUCUCUAAAGAGCGUCAUCUUGUGGCAAGCUUCAGAAGAAGUUUUUGUGGGCCAAUAUUUCUCUAAUUGGAUCUUGUUUGUAAGUACCUUUUCUCACAUCUCUUUCACUGUUAUUUCUCGAGUUCUAGGUUUUUGAAAAAUGACUGUCUUUUUCCAUGUAGCAGACUUGACAAUUGCAGCUUUUGUUAAGUGCAUGGAUAGCUCAUCUGUAGAGGACACGUUCCUUGGAUUUACAAGGGACUAUAGAACUCUGUGCACUAAGGCAGUUAUUUGCUA